AUGGAUAUUGUCGAAACUCAAGAUCAAGCUGUGGCAACAGAAGUAUCUUCAGAUCCCCCGAAUAGGGAAGAGAAAAGUAGGGAACGACUUAAAAAGGUCAUGUCUAAUCAUAGCGUGCAAAAGAUCGAAAAAAAGAAAUUGGAAACAAAGAAACUCCGCAAGAAAUUGGCGGAGAUAGAAGAACAAAAUGAAACCCUAGCAAAUACGAUUUCAGAAAAGAAUCUAGAAAUAUCUGAGCUGAGGAAUUCGGUAAAUUCUCUAAAUGACGUAUUGAACUCCAUACCGAUUGAAGAGUUACGAUGUAAUUCAUCUAUCGCUAGCACAAAAUUAUUGGAAUUAAGUAAGAAAAAUCGUCAGCUUAGGGGUGAAUUGGAAAAUACGAAAACCCGUUUAACGAAAAAAGAUAUACAAAUUCAGAUAUUGGAAAGAGACAUGAAAACAAAUCAGGACAAAUUUCAUCAGGAUACGGAAGUGCUUAAGAAAGGGAACUUCACACCUCUCGAGGAGUUACAAUCUAAGUGCAACGCUUUACAGCAAAAGUUAUUUGAAACUCGGAAUCGCAAUACCGAACUGCACAACCAAUUAAAAUUGGCUCAAAAAUGUUUGCAACAAGAAAUUGGCGAACAUGUUAAUAUAAAUAUAUUAGCUAAUCAUUCGAAUGGCUCGAAUUGGCGAGGACGAGCUCAACAGAUUUUGCAUUUGCAACAAAAAGUGCAAGAGUUGAGGGAACGUUUGGAGGUAAGCGAAAGUCCUCUCAAUCCAAAUAGAACAUUAUCAAGCCCUUCGGUGCCGGAAAUUCAAGACAGUAAUUGUUCGGUAUCUGAACGCGCCGAAUCGGCUGCAACGCCAACAUCUACGCCUCCUACGGCUCCUUCAGUUAUGUCCAAUUUAAAUUUAGGCUUCUACGAGCGCCCUACUGUACGUAGGACAGAGUUACAGCAUCGAGUCAAAGUUGAAGGCCUGGAAAAGGAAAUUGCCAAUUUGAAGUCACAACUAGACGAGCAACGUGGUAAAAUUUUAGCUUUAAAGGUCCGCAAUAAAACACUUAACGAUGAAAUUUUGCGCUACAAAAUGAAAACCAACUCUUUAGAGGAACAGACCGAUUUCAAUACGAUUAAUGUCGCCACCAUGAAUGAUAAAUUAAAUCAACAGAAAUUUCAUUAUGAGAAACGUAUCGAUGAGUUGCAUCGUGAAGUUUCUAUUGCAGUGAAACAGCGAGAAGAGGCAGAACUUAAAGAGAAACACAUGCAGCACAACUAUGAAGAGAUUAAGCUGCUGAUGAAUGGCAAAGAUAAACAUGUCGAAGAGUUGAAGGAGGUGGUAAACAAAUUGGAAACCGAUUUGAAAGCUAUUUCCGGAGGAUAUUUAUUCUCUUGCCGCGAAUUGCGAAAGGAAGAGUUUAUCACUAUAUUGGAUGCGUUGGAAUCGGAGAAAAAAUAUCUUGUGCAGCAUAAUAAAACUCUGAAUGAACGUAUCGACCAAGAACGGCAUAAAAACGAGAAUUUGCAAGAACUGCUAUCCAAGCAAAAAGUUCGUAUCGCCCGUUUAGAAGUAAAAUUACGUGAUGUGGAAAAAGAGCUUGACGUACAACAUGAAAGGCGUAAGCGGACACAACGUAUCAGCGAUUAUUCGAAUAGUUUGAAUAAUAUUAGUAGUGCCGCUUCGAUCAGUUCAUUGACUUUUGAAAAUACGGCCUUGAGCAGCGCUAAAACGAUUUCGAAUUUUAUUAUUAACACAAACGAUAUAAACGACACAAAUGAUGAUGUAUUUGAUUUGAAAAAUCGACUUGAAUUGGCGAGCGAAAAGAUAACGAUGCUUAAAGAGAAAUUAGAUCAUGUCACAGCUGAAAAGGAAAAUGAUGUCAAAAUUUUUGAACAGAUUAUCAACAAUUCGAAAACGCAUAUUUUGGAAAAUAUAUUAGCGCAUCGUGCCGCCAAUGAAACCAGCAUGGAAACAAAUACUAAUUAA